AUGAUUGAACAAUGUCUGGAGUAUAAUAAAGAUAAACAAAUGGAACUGCAUAUACAGAUGCCAUAUCCUGCCAGCAUAUGCAUACCUAAACUAGAACCGUGUUAUAGUAGUUCAUCUGACUCAAAUGAGUGUACAUCGUACAUUGAUGAUUUAAUUACAUCACCAAUUCCUUUUACUACACCUUACAAAGUUAAGGAUCCUAUUGUUCUGCUUGAGAAAUGUGAUAAAAUAUGGGAAACAUUAAAGGUAAUAAAGAAUGUAGAAAAUAACAAGAGUACUAAUACAUUAAAUUCAUUAUCACCAAAGAAAAAAGAUACAGAGUCAUAUAUUAAAUACCAACCAGUAUUAGGUAAUAACAAUUCUGCAUUACCAAAUUUUAAAUUAUCUGUAAAAAGUACUCAAAAACUAUUUUCUUGUGCAACGUGUGGGAAAUUAUAUUUGGAAAAGCGAAGUUUGCGACAUCAUUCAGCAAAAGUACAUGGUAUUUACAUACCCUUAGAUAGGCCUAGGAAAACCAUUAAACAUCAAAAUGAUAGUAAUAAUGAAAGAGACUCUAAUGUUGUUAACACAGAACAAAGCAAUCAAAAUAAAUUGAAUUUGAAAAGAAGCCCAAUUAAACAACAUAUAGAUACCCUAUUGCAGUCUGUUACAUCACAUGUAACUGAGUCUGAUACUGAGUCUGUUUCAAAUAUUCGAUCCCAAAGUCGAAAGAAAAGUGUUUCAAUACACACUAGUAACACUUUUAAUGGUAGUAAAAGUGUACGAAAGGAAGGAAAAAAUGAAUUUAUAUAUAAAGACUUACAUAAAAAUGGAACACCAAUAGUGUUAACUCGUGAUUCAUCUUCGCAGCAGCAGUGUAUACUGUGUAAACAAUUUGUAGAAGAUGUGAAAACACAUGUAAUUGAUUAUCAUAAAAUUGAGUGUUCUAAUUCUAUGUUGAAAGAAUUUGAGAAGACAUCUGCUGUGCCCAAGGUCAAAGAAAUAAAAAAAAUGACCAUGAGUAAAGAAUCUUUGAGAAAUGAUGUACUUAAUACUGAUAAACAAUCUCCAUAUUUCCAAAGAAAUAAAAAACGCAAAUUAAAUAUAUCACAAGCAGGUAAUGAAAAGAGGUAUAAAGUUAAUAGUAAUACUUACCAAGUAAAAAGUUCGCUGCAAAAUUAUAAACAGCAAUGUGAUAUUUGUUUUGGACUUUAUACACCAAACAAUGUUAAAAAACAUAUGAAUAGUCAUCGUAUUCGUGGAGAAACAAAAGAAAAUUUUCACUUGAUUAAUUGCAAUUACUUAAAUUCUCCAUUAUUUGAGAAACAAAAUAUAAAUGAAAAUUCAAAUAAUGUAUCUCUUAAAAAUACAAAAGGUUACAGGAACAUUAACAAGGAUAAUUCAACUAAUUUAUUUACGAAUGGUGAAAUAGAAGAACAAGUGUUUCAAAAUCAAUGUAAGAGUAGCAGAGACCAUUGUAUAAGAAACAAUGGCAAACGUAAUAGUAUUUGUUCUUGUGGUAGAACAUUUCGUAAUCCUCAUACAUUGUAUUUACAUAAGGGGAAGUGCAGGUUACAAAAUAGUGAAACAGCACAAGAGUCAGACACAGUUCUAAGUGCGAAGGGAAACAACUCUGAUAGAGAUUCUGGACUUGGAAUUAAUAUAACAAUAAAGAAAAAAAAUGAUUCUUAUGAGAUUGUUGGUAGAGACGCAGACAAUGAAAAGAUAUUACAGAAUUCAACGUGUUUAAGAAAUACAGAAUUCUUAUCAAAUUUCUCUGAAGAUAGUACUGAAGCAGAUCCACAGGACUGGCAGUAUGAAAUGGAAUCAUCUAAAUAUAGUGGAAAUCAUAGUUUUUUAAAAAUUCAAUGUAUUGAUGAAGAUAUUGAUAUUGAUAUUGAAGAAAACUCACAAAGUGGUUCUGAUUUAAGCAGUAUGAAUAAUAAUCUUAUUGCAAAUGAAGUAACGAAUGAUUCUAAUGUAGAACAACAGAAGCAAGAAACAAAAACUCAAGAAAAUAUGUCUGGUAGAAUAAUGUCUGAUGUAAACAAUUCAUGCAAGAAGGUUUUUAGGACAGAAAAACACGAAAAAUGUAAUAACGUUAAGUCAAAUAUAGUUAAUAAAAGUAAUAUUUGCGUUUGUGGUACUCUGUUUGACACUAGAAAGGCUCUUAAUUUUCAUAUUACAAAACAACAUCCAUGUUCUCAAUUAAUGUGUGGAUAUUGUAAAAAAUCUGUUACUGAUAUCGAUACAUGGAAAAAACAUCAGUGUACUGUUUCAAAAGCUAAGACCUUUGUUGAUAUACUUUUAGAAAUAGCUUGUCCUUAUUGUAAUACUCUAUCAAACUCUUAUGUAACAUUUGACAACCAUAUUAGUCUUAAACAUUCUGAUUCCUUAGUGCCAUUUCAGUGUUAUCAAUGUGAUAAACGCUUUUGUAAUACUACAGCUCGAAGAAUACAUAUCAAGGAUGAACAUUUCUUACCUAUUUGUGCUAUAUGCGAAAUGAAGUGUCCUGAUAAUGUGAAGGCUAGACAUGAAGGAUACCAUUAUGGACUUGGAUUCCCUUGUCACAUAUGUAAAAAAACAUAUUCCACGAAAACCAGUUUAUCAAAGCAUUUGGUACAACUUCACCCCAAACGUUUAAUAGAUGUAAUAUGCGAUCAUUGUCAAUUACCCUUUAUUAGUUCAAAAGCUCUUAUGAAACAUUUGAAUAUUGGAACAUGUGUAACAAGUAAACCACAGAUAUGA